UUUUACGACAGGUUCAAACAUCCGUUGGCACACCAACUUACCCUGGUGGCAGGGCUCUUAUCGAGCAAGGACUAAAAAGAAGACGCAUUCCUUCACCUUCAAGAGAAAUAAUGCUGUCUUCAAUAACGAGCUCUACGUUGCGCCAAUAUAAUGUAGGACUUCGUAAAUGGUGGGAUUUUUGCUUCAAACAGCGUAUAGAUGUUUGUGAUCUGGACGUUCCUAAAAUUAUAAGUUUUUUAACAUCUGAAUUUAAAAACGGCGCUUCAUAUGGCUCGCUUAAUAGUAUACGAUCGGCCUUGGCACUUCUAAUUUCACCGAAUGUGGGCUCAAAUGAUAAUGUACAGAGAUUUUUCAAGGGUGUAUAUAAUCUCAGACCGGGUAGACCUAAAUAUGAUACCACUUGGGAUCCCCAGGAGGUUUUAAGGGUGUUAGAAAAGAUGACAAACUCCGACAUUACUAUUGAAAGGCUUACAAAAAAGUUAGUAAUGCUUUUGGCCUUGUCAACUGGUCAUCGCAUUCAAACCCUUUCUUUGAUCAAGAUUGACAAUAUUAUUAAAAAAUCUAACGCUUUUGAAAUAAAAAUCUCGGAUCGAAUUAAAACUUCGGGUCGGCAACGCACUCAACCUGUUCUUUUUGUUCCUUAUUUCAAAGAUAAACCUCAGUUGUGCGUAGCAAGUUGUCUUGACUCAUAUCGAUGGGUUUUUGGCAGAACAUCGUAA